CCUCGUAGCAAGGCCUAUUUAUCAUGUGGAGGUUUCAUUCAGGUCUCUUUUUUUUAAAAACACACUGUCUUUGGCAGGAGAAAGACCAGACUCAGAGGAACCAGAGCCAGGGACGUCCAAACCAACAAGAAGACACCAGUGUUCCCACUGUGUAAAGUGGUUUAACAAGUUAGGGAACCUGAAACAACAUGAGAGAAUACACACCGGGGAGAAGCCUUACCAUUGCUCCCAAUGUGGAAUGAGUUUCAACCAGCCGGGGGAGCUGAAAUUGCAUGAGAGAAUACACACAGGGGAGAAGCCUUACCAUUGCUCCCAAUGUGGAAAGUGUUUCAACCGGCCGGGGGUUCUGAAACAGCAUGAGAGAAUACACACAGGGGAGAAGCCUUACCACUGCUCCCAGUGUGGGAAGAGUUUUAGCAAUUUUGGGAGCCUGAAAAGACAUGAGAGAAUACACACAGGGGAGAAGCCUUACCAUUGCUCCCAGUGUGGAAGGAGUUUUGGCCAUAAAGGAAACCUGAAAAAACAUGAGCGAAUGCACACAGGGGAGAAGCCUUACCACUGCCCCCAGUGUGGAAAGUGUUUCAACCGGCCGGGGGAUCUGGAACGGCAUGAGAGAAUACACACGGGGGAGAAGCCUUACCAUUGCUCCCAAUGUGGAAAGGGUUUCGACCGGCCGAGGGAUCUGGAACGGCAUGAGAGAAUACACUCAGGGGAGAAGCCUUACCACUGCUCCCAGUGUGGAAAGCAUUUUAACCAGAAAGGACACCUGAACAAACAUGAGAGAAUACACACAGGGAGAAGCCUUACCACUGCUCCCAAUGUGGAUGGAGUUUCAACCAUCCGGGGGAGCUGAAACGGCAUGAGAGAAUACACACAGGGGUCUUGCUGUCUUAUAUUGUUGACUGAUAAUGAUUACCUGUUUUUACCAUAUGAACUUGAAUUGUACAAAGUAUACUAAAACAUAUAUUUGUAUGUUUUUAUUAGAAAACAUGAAUUGAAUAUGGAGUAUGUCAGUUUGAAUAUAGAGUAGGUCAGAUUCCAUGUGUUUAAAUGGUCCUUUUUUAAACUCUGUGUUUGUGUUUAUCUGGGUGUCUUUCCUCAAGCACUACAGAUAUAAAGUGAUAUUUGGAUGUGAUGCAUUUGUUCCGUUGUUUACAUUUGCAAUGUUGGCCCACUGAUGAUUUAAUGAAAUGAAAAUGUUCACAGACUCUGUAAUGCAAAAUGUUAAUUGUAUGUGUCCACAUAUCUGAGUAUGUGACUUGUGGCGGAUGAAUCAGAAUUAGUUGGGUAACAUAGAUAAUUAAGAUUUCUUAUCUGCAUAAUAUGCUCAUGUGAUAUACUUGUUAUUAGAAUGUAUCCCUUCGGACUCUGGUGUUGGCAGUUGCACUUCUUCCCUCAGCUGGGGCUCAGUCACCUGGGGCCCAGAGAGGGGAGAGGUCAGGCUUGUCUUUCACAUGUCCCUGGUGCUAUGCAGAAUAUCAGGAAGGGAAGAGGACAGGAGGGAACAUUGUCUUCAUAUGUGAAUGUAUCUGUUAAACUAUGUGAAGGGAUGGUGUGAUUAAUGGGGAACCAAUUACUGGUUUCCACAAUGUCUGUGCGCAAGUCACUGCCUCCUUUGGCAUUGGGGGGAGGUGUAUGGCAGUGUCUGGAACCAUUGUAUGGCCUCUCCGAUGUUGCACUUAUCCUGGGAUAGUGUAUGACCUAGAGGCUCACUCCCCUCAUUGAGCUUGUCCAGGAGUGGGGUCAAGAAGGGGUUUUACUUGAGAUGGGAGUAUUUAGAGUUGACAAUUGAGUUAUUGGAUGAGUUGGUGUUUUUGUGCUAUGAAGUACCAGGAACGAGAUUAGAACCUCGUUUUAGGGACCAAACUGAAUGAUAAAUUAUAGCGAAUGCUAUCUGGCUACGGGAUACUCCUUUCUCAUUAUAAAGUCUCACUUUGUAAACUGUUCCUAAUAUAUGUGGUUUAUGUCGACUAGGGGGUGGAUCUUUGCUAUAAAAGAUCUCAGUAGCCAUUGUGUUGCCACUCAACGGUUCAUUAGAAAUAGUGAAUUGUUGAAAGUCAUUGCAAAGAUCUGAUUAUUAAAGAUGUAGUUUAAGUAUAACUCUGGUGUGUGAAGCUUGUCUCUCCUCAUUUGGUAAUACAGAAAUUAACCACCACAGACUAACCUUGUGAAACUGUCCUAUUAUAAUCUCCUGUUCUUGGACAUAACUGAGUAUGUGACUAACCUUGUGUAUCAUCCAGUGUUGCAAACCAGCUGCACCUGUGUCCUUGUAUGAAUAAAGUCCCUCCCAGGAACAGGAAACUAUAAAGAUAUGUGCUCAUCACCCAAUGCUGCAGGAAUUCAGACUGUCUACACUGCGCUGUGUAACUGUUAUUCUCUCUGAGCUCAGAAAUAAAGAAUCUUGGUUUGA